GGAGAUUUUUGGAUCGAAUAUACUACUCAUCUGCCUUCUGAAAAUGAAGUAAGAGCCAAAGCAAGGUCACCAGAGAAAAAACGAGUCGAAAUUCCUGGUGGACUGUACGAUUCGAGCGAGUAUUUUGUGUGGUUUCUCAACACUGUUUGUCAGAAAAGCCUUCAUCGUGCUUCGGACCCUUUGGGCAAAGAAAAACGCCUGUGGAUCGAGUACGAACGUGCCUCCAAGAGCACGCACAUCAAGCUGUACGAGGAAAAUACGACGAUUCGGCUGAGUCCAGCGCUACAGCGAGUGUUGGGAUUUUCAAGAAACACGUUUUUAGGAAAAGGAGACUAUUAUUCGACCACGAAUGUGGAUCUGAACGAAAAUUUUAAGAGUGCCUACAUCUACUGCGAUCUGGUCAGUCCGCGCCCCGUGGGUGACGUCAUGGCCCCGCUUCUCCGCAUAGUGCCCAUGACCGACAAGACGCAAGACGUCGUGCAUUAUAUCUUUGAAAAACCUCACUACAUCCCACUCAGCCGGUCAAAUUUUAAUUCGGUGGAAAUCCUUUUAACGACAGACACGGGUAAAGAGUUUUCAUUUAGCAGCGGAAGUACCAUCGUGACGCUUCAUUUUCGUCGGAGGACCCACUUCUAGGAGGAUGGUACGUUACACACCGUAUCAUAGCAAUCCUAAAAUCUACGAGGACUACUACUGCUCUCAGGUCGGACAUGGCUUGUCUGUGUUUGCCGGUGGGCGUCACAUGCGAGGAAGAGGACUUGGGAGUCUGUUGAGCAGCGUAGGACGCAUGAUUCUUCCGCUUGUCAAAAGAGGUGGAAAAGCUUUGUUGAAAGAAGGUCUACACACCGGCGUUCAGGUUGCUCAGGACAUGAUGUCUGGUCAAAAUUUUAAGACGGCGAUACAAGAACGAGGGAAAGAAGCAGGCAAGCGUCUGUUUAACCAAGCCGUCAGUGCAAUAUCAGGAUCCGGUGCGCCCCCUGGCGAACCUGCCCGAAAACGUAUAAAACCAACAUUUCACCCACGACGUGUUCAAAAGAAGAAAAAGAAGACGACGAGCAGUACGGCAGACAUCUUUGGUUAACAUGGCUCUCAUCCACCCUAAAUCUUGCGAGAGCGUACAUUCCGGACUAGACUUGUUUUCCGUCCCUCCUACGCAAACGGCUGUCGAGGAAGGUUGUUUUGUAGAGUAUUACCCGCUCAGUGCCAUCUCGACAGGGGCUCCCAUCGAAUUUUGUAUCAAUGGCGCCACAGAAGACUACUUGGACCUCAGCAACACCUUUUUGCACGUCAGAGCCAAAGUCACCGAGGCUGAUGGGUCAGAUUUGGCCGACGGUAAAGACGUCGCUCCCAUCAACUACUGGUUGCACAGUCUGUUUUCUCAAGUCGACAUUAGUUUAAACGACACUCUCAUCACAUCUAGCGACAACACGUACCCGUACAGAGCUUACCUGGAGGCGACGCUAAACUUUGGUUCUGAGGCCAAGAAAGGACAUAUGACGGCUGCCCUUUACUACAGAGAUUCAGCCAACCACCUAGAUGAUACGCAGGGAGACGCAAAUGCUGGCCUCAAGAUUCGGCGAGACAUGAGUGCUAAAAGCAAGGAAAUAGACAUGAUGGGUCGUCUCCACGCAGACAUUAUGCAUCAGGAACGCUACAUGCUACCAGGGGUGGACGUCAAGAUCAGACUGAUCCCGUCUAAAGCCGCUUUUAACUUGAUAGCUCACGACGAAGACGGAGGAUAUCGCAGCACCAUCACACACGCUUCUCUGUUUGUCCGCAAGGCCAAACUCAACCCUGCAGUGUCGCUCGCACACGAAAAGGCGUUAGAAAAGGGAACGGCCAAGUACCCCAUGAAAAGGGUGGUGCAAAAGACUUUUUCUAUUCCAGGAGGACAACUGUCACACGUUCAAGACAACCUGUUUCUCAGUCAAGCUCCCACGCGCAUCAUCAUCGGUCUAGUGGAUACCGCCGCCUUUAACGGAAAAUUGAAGGCGAACCCGUUCAACUUUAAAACACACAACCUGUCCUUUCUUUGUCUGUACAUGGAUGGACGUCAAGUGCCUGCCAAACCGCUGAUGCCCGACUUUGAAAAUCAACACCACGUCAGAGCUUAUCAUGGGUUGAUGACGGCUACCGGUCAUACAGGACGAGAUUCGGGCAAUCACAUCGGUUACAGGGACUUUGCGCUGGGCUACACCCUCUACGCGUUUGACUUGUCACCCAGUUUGGUGGACGGAGACCAGUUUGAGCUGGUCAAGAGCGGUGCGCUGCGACUGGAGCUAAAAUUUAGCGACACCUUACCCAACCCUGUUCAUGUGAUUGUCUUUGGUGAACUCGACAGCAUGAUUGAAAUUGACCGCAGUCGUCAGGUGCUGACAGAUUUUUCAGCAUGAACACGCGUGAGAUUUCAGCCAUCUUAGGCUCGGACAUUUAUGCUAGACGAGUGUUUAAAGGUGUGUACCCUAGAAACAAAUUGCCAACUCACCUCUCUCCUCGCCGUCCAAGUGCCUUCAUCAUCAACACCGACACAGCCUCUAAAAGGGGAGAACACUGGGUAGCCGUGUGGUUUGACGGACUUGGUAAAGCCGAGUACUUUGACAGUUUUGGUCUUCCUCCACGUCAUCGUGACAUCAACCACUUUAUCGAAACUCACAGCAUCCGAAGUCGUUACAACGAUCGUCUGUUACAAGACUUGACGAGUUCAGCCUGCGGGCUGUAUGUGCUAUAUUUUGUGAUGAUGAAAAGUCGCGGUGCAAGUCUCCACAGGCUCUUAGCCCCGUUUCACGCCAUAAACCUCCGGACCAAUGAUCGACUCGUUUACAGAAUGGUUCGACACCUACGUCACCGACCAACCCUCUCCAAGCCGCUAUAAAAAAACCCCGUCUUUUGCACAUCUGUACACCACACAUCCACCAUGGCUCCUGUUGACCAGAAUGCUUCUUCAACGAUGUAUCCGCUCGGCAAAGACGUCUUUGCUUCUGUGCGAACGUGGAAAGGCAUCGUCAAAAUUCACGUUCGACACUACACGGCUCCUAUCAACGGCAAAGAGGGACGACGUUUGCCCACCCAAAAGGGAGUAGCGAUGGAUGCGCAGCAAUUUCAAAAUUUGCUGAGGGUCCACAAAAAACUGACCACCGACUAUCGCAGGCAGACAGAAAACCUUGGUGAGACAAAACGACCCAAGAAGCUUCGCGUCGACAACGACGACGAAGAAAAAGACGACGAUGUGCUUUUUCCAGAUGACACAACAGUGUAAAAAAA